UCCGGGUGUUUUCGUUUCCAUGAUCAACAAACACAUCUCGGUACACUGCCGAAAGAAGACUGGUAAAGUUUGGUGAAAUAAAGUUCGCAGCAUCAGAUAAUAUCGAAAAGCUUGAACAAUCAAAAUGCCUCCUAAAAAGAAGAGCGGUAAGAAGGGAAAGAAGAAGAAGUCAGCAAAGGCAAAGACUCCGACCGUCAUUGAUGGCAUCUCUACAGAAGAAAUGUCCAAGGAACAGCUGGAGGAACACAUCGGUAGACUGAGGGAAGAAUUGGACAGAGAGAGAGAGGAAAGAAAUUACUUCCAGCUGGAAAGAGAUAAAGUCAACACCUUCUGGGAGAUUACUAAAAGACAACUAGAGGAAUCCCGAGCAGAGCUUCGUAAUAAAGACAGAGAAAUGGAAGACUCUGAAGAAAGACAUCAAGUGGAAAUUAAGGUAUACAAGCAGAAAGUCAAGCAUUUGCUGUAUGAGCAUCAAAACAACAUAUCUGAGCUGAAAGCAGAGAGUGCUGUAGCCCUUAAAUUGAAUCAAGAUGAACAUCGAAGUCAUGAGACUGACUUGAGGAAAGACAAGCGUGGUUUGAAGGUUACUCUCAAGGAGCAGGAACUGUCUCAUGAAGACAUCAUUAAGAAUCUCAAGAUGAAAAGUGAUGAGAAAGUUACUAACUUGAGGGCAGAGUUUGAAAGGGAAGCCAGAGAAAUUGAAAAUAAGUAUGAACAGAAAAUGCGUCAACUGAGAGAGGAACUGGAGCUGAGAAGAAAAACUGAAAUCCAUGAGAUUGAGGAGCGUAAGAAUAGCCAGAUCAACACACUGAUGCGUAAUCAUGAGAGAGCGUUCAGUGAUAUUAAGAACUACUACAAUGAUAUCACACUCAACAACCUGGCACUUAUUAACUCACUGAAGGAACAAGUUGAGGAGAUGAAGAAGAAAGAAGAGAGAAUGGAGAAACAGAUGAAUGAGAUUCAGUUAGAGAACAAACGUCUGAAAGAACCUCUUGAGAAAGCUAAAGAUGAGGUUGCUGAGCUUACCAGACAACUUGCAAACUAUGAGAAGGAUAAAGCAUCAUUAGCAAGUGCUAAGGCAAGACUGAAAGUCAUGACCCAAGACUUCAAGGACUUGGAAUGGGAGCAUGAGGUAUUAGAGCAAAGAUUUGAAAAGAUGCAAACAGAGCGAGACGAUCUAUAUCGUAAGUUUGUGAAGGCCAUCCAUGAAGUCCAACAGAAGAGUAACUUUAAGAACCUUCUUCUAGAGAAGAAGCUGACAGCAUUGACAGAUACUCUAGAGAAGAAAGAAGCUCAAUUAAAUGAAGUACUAUCGGCAUCUAACUUAGACCCAACAGCGCUAACAGUAGUUACAAGGAAGUUGGAGGAUGUAUUGGAUUCUAAGAACAGUGCUAUUAAAGAUCUUCAAUAUGAGCUGGCUCGUGUCUGCAAGGCCCAUAAUGAUCUGCUUCGAACAUAUGAGGCUAAGUUGACAACGUUUGGUGUACCUACUGAAGAGCUUGGUUUUAAACCUCUGGAGAGUACAGUUGGAGGACAACAGCUUGGUCAAGGGGCUGCUGGAUUAGUAGCUGCACCUACAUAGAUGUAUACAUUGUACAUCCAUACACUAAAUCACACAGACUCGGGUUGGAUCAUAUCAGAUCUGACUCGAGUGGAAUAGAUAUGGCAGUCAGAUUAUGUGCAUACACUACAAUAGCACUCAGCAAUAUAACCACCUUCUCUUUAUCAUUCUGGUUUUAUCUUGUUGAAUCUGGCUGGAACUAGAAUGAACUGGAAAGUUAGAUCAUUUACAUGUAUAUUAUUGACUCACUUGGCAAUAAAAAACAAUCUUUUUGUCUGGACCUAAUGUAUGGAGAGGUAGAUCAUUUCCAGUGUGGACACACAUAAAGUAAACUUAAUCACACUGGUUGGUUCUAGUUGGAUCUGGUUGGUUCUAGUUGGAUCUGGUUGAAACUGGAAUCGCAACACACUCUGGCAAUUGUUAUGUAGAAUCUUCUUGCAAUCUGGCAUGAACUGGACUAAACUGGAGUUUGAUCAUGCAAGCUAUGAGACAUUUCUCACCUGUUUAAGAUCAAUUCUAGUGGAAUCUCAUUGCGCCUGCCUGGUAAUGGAAUUAGGAAAAUGUUUAAUGUCAAGUCAAGAAAACAUUUUGUAAAGUUUAAUUUUAUUAUUAUGUCAAAAGAAGGAAACUUGCAAAUACACCCAAAACAAAUAAACUAACAAAACCAGCCGAAAUGUGACUUGCAUGAGUUGUGUGUUUAAGGCUCUAAUCAUGGGUAAACAGAGACCGUUUUUAACAAAAGAGGUGACAGAUUUUAUAGAAGAAGAGCUGAAUUAUUUCGCUAAUUUGUUUUUCCCCUGUUGUCAUCAUUGAAUUGAUCUCCUCCCAAAGCAGUUUGGUUAGCUUUUGUGUUUAAAUCUAUAAAGUGUAAAGCUAUCCCUUUUUUAGCCACGCUGUCAACUUCCGCAUAGCUGAAACUAUGUUCCAGAUAAUAGUGACCUUUUAUUUUACUCCUGCAAGCCAAGACAAUGAUAUUUUGUUUAUAGAUUUUGACUGUUUUUUUCAUUUAUAUUCACUCUAAUUGGUUGUGUGUCCAGUACAUAUCUAUUGCAUGUAUUAUGUUUCGCAUAAAGCUGUCAUUUAGUAUUGGCAGCAUGUUGUCGUCUAUCUCCAUAUGAGAAAGUGGAUGUAGACUGCUUCCUAAUUAGGUGUUUGAUGUCAGAUAUCAAAUGGUCAUAAUUCUUCAAGAGAUAUAUUGUUGGCGCCAGUGCGUUUAAUGAUUUCAACAUCUGAAAUUGUACCAAACGUACAAAUGAGUGAGGAUAAAAUAUACAUGUAGAUAAUGCUUAUUAAGAAAACAACCUGUGAUACAAUAUUUCAGUGAAUGUAAGCUCAUUGUUGUAGUUUUUGUGCCACAUGAAUGUGGGGCAAAGUGUAAAUUUAACAUUAUUUUUGUCGCUGAUCAGUUAAAUAAUUGUGUUUCUUAUUAUAUGAAGCUGGCGUCUUUCAUUUGGAAACUGCCUGCAAUUAAUAUUAUUCCACAAGUGAUGUGAUGCAGGCUUCAACGUCAACAAUUCUUCAGUUGUUGGUUGAUGCUAUCACUAACUUUGGCAAUUAAUAUAAUGGUAAGAUUGAGGCAUUUACUAAGAAAUUCUUUAUUUAAGAGUACUGCAUGCCUUGGUGAUGAACGUGAAAUCAGAACUAGCCAUUGUUUUGUGUAUGUAUACAGGUAUAUGUUCAACUAGUGUGACAUUCAGAGUCGUUUAUUGCAUGAUUGGGGUUAGGUUCACCAUCGUUGGAUAUAAAUAACAAUUAAUUUUAGUGAAUUUAGCGAAGUCACUGAAAAAGAAGUCUUGUCUGACCUUAACGCCAUGAUGUACAUAGUGUUAUCUUUGCUCAACAUACUGUUGUAAAUUAAAUAAGUUAAAUAUUAUGUGCCGUCCAGUUAUUCUUUACACUUACCUUCGUUUUUUGUGAAUAAAAGGGUUUUUAUCUUACUGAGCAAAAUGAUUUUUGAAUAAAAUAUAUCAGAAUAUACUUCUGGAGAAUUGGGAGAAGUUUAUCAGUUGAGUAGAGUUUGAAUUUAUUGCAACAUGGAGGCAUUGGAACAAUCUGUAUGGGCCUUCUAUUCAAACAAAUAGAGUGAGAUUCUAGCCUACUCAUGUAUAAAUUCUGUCUACAACGUGAACUUAUACAUGUAUCUGGCUCUUUGAUGUCAUUUCAUCGUAUUAUGCAAGGUGUAAACGACAGACUAAUGACAAGAAGGAACAUGUAAAGGCACUGGACACUAUUGGUAAUCACUAAAAACAAUUGUUUGCAUACAAUUGCAACGAGCAAUUGGGAGUUGUUGGUUGUAAUAAACAUCGUAAGAAACGGCUCCCUCUGAAGUAACAGGUUUUCUAAUUAGAAAAGAGUAAUUUCAAACUCAAAUAAUUGAAUUGAAUUCGAUACCUCAGCUGAGGUCUCGAAUUCAAGCAUCUAAAAGCACA